AUGUUCAGGCAGGGACUAAGGCGCUGUGCCAGGCCGGCCAGCUCCAUCAGCUCCGCCGUGUCCAUGGCACGCCCUCGCGCCGUGGCUUUUGCACAGUCCAACGCUGCCACGGCAUCGGUGCGGUCCGUAAUUCCCAUGUCCAGGCUUUCUGCCAUCUAUAGCAGGGCAUACAGCACCGAGACCUCUGCAGCCGAGGCGACCUCUCCCACCGAUGACGCCGCAACUCCUCCCAAGGCCGGCGGUAUGGUCAUGGAGUUCAAGAACCUCGAGAGCAUCGGUGUUCACCCAAAGCUCAUCGAGUCCAUCACCCAGGGCCUCGGAUACGAGAACAUGACGCCCGUUCAGGCCAAGACCAUCAACCCUGCCCUCAAGGGAACUGACAUUGUGGCCCAAGCCAAGACUGGAACUGGUAAGACGAUUGCCUUCCUUCUCCCGCUCCUCCAGAGGAUGCUCGCCGAGGAUCCGUCGCUGGCCUCCAAGAGCGCAUCUCGUGACGCCAGAAGCGAUGACGUUAGAGGCAUCGUCUUGUCUCCUACCCGCGAACUUGCCGAGCAGAUUGCCGCCGAGGCCCGUGCUCUUGCCAAAAACACAGGCCUUGUCAUUCAGACGGCCGUUGGUGGAACAAACAAGAGGCAGAUGCUGCAGCAGACCCGCCGCCAGGGCUGCCACCUACUGGUGGCCACGCCCGGCCGCCUCAAUGACCUCCUGAGCGACGCCGACUCUGGCAUCGAGGCGCCUAACCUGGCUGCGAUGGUGCUGGACGAGGCCGACCGCAUGCUUGACGUCGGCUUCGAGAAGGAGCUGGACAGCAUCCUGGAGAUGCUGCCCAGCGUCCAGGACAAGGUGCGCCAGACGAUGCUGGUGUCGGCGACGAUCCCCGACAACGUGAUCCGCCUGGCCCGGUCCAUGGUGCGCGCCAACGACUUUGAGUUUGUCCAGACCAUCUCCGAGAACGAGACCCUCACGCACGACAAGGUGCCCCAGCACGUCGUCUCUGUCUCUUCGUGGACCAACAUGUUCCCCAGUCUUCUGGAGCUACUGGAGCGCGAGGCCGUCAAGGCCAGCGAGAACCCGGACUCCCCCCCCCUCAAGGCCAUCGUCUACUUCAACACGACGGCCCUGGUCGAGCUCUCUGGCGAGAUUGGUUUCCGCCGCCGCCGUGAGCGCAUGAGCACGCUCCCCUCGUACGCCAUCCACUCCAAGCUCACACAGCAGCAGCGCACCCGCGCCGCCGACUCGUUCCGCCGCGCCACGUCGGGUAUCCUGUUCUCGUCCGACGUUACGGCCCGCGGCAUGGACUUCCCCAAUGUCACCCACGUCAUCCAGGUCGACGUGCCCCGCGAGCGCGAGUCGUACAUCCACAGGCUCGGCCGUACUGGUCGACAGGACAAGUACGGUGAAGGCUGGCUGCUUCUCCCUCCCCAGUCGGUCAACUUCGCCAGGAAGAUGCUCCGAGGCCUCCCCCUGAAGCAGGACAAGUCCAUCGCCAGCGCCGAGGUGGACCUGGCCGAAGACGGUGCCGAUAUGCCCCAGUACCACGAUGAGAUGCGCGGCUGCGUCAGCACCACCGACAAGCGCAUCCUGGCCUCGGCCUACAAGUCGAUGUUUGGCCAGACCACACAGUCUGACGCGCUAGCCGAGGAUCUCCACACGUGGGUCACCCGCGGUUGGGGAUGGACCGAGCCCCCCGCCGUCGACUCCCGCUUCGUCCGCAACACGGGCCUCGACAUCCGCUCCGAGUUCCUCAACGUCCAGGAGGGGUCUCACUUUGAUGACGGCCCUCGCUCUCGUUCCAGGGGCUUUGACCGUGGCGGCCGCGACGACCGUGGAUUCUCUUCUCGUGGCGGUGGCCGCAGCUCCAGGGACGACGGCGACCCAUUCAACGCCAUGCGCCGCAACGUCAGGUCUGACGACCCUCCCCGUGGGGGCCGCGGAGAUCGCGGAUUCGGCGGUCGCGGUGGCCGUGGCGGCGGUCGCGGAUUCAGCGGCGGCAACAGGCGCGGCGACCGUGGACGUGAUGAGCCCAGCUGGUAA